AUGGCACCAACGAAGAGGUCUUCUUGGGAAUAUGAAGAAGAUAUAAAAGAAAUAUACAGGGAAGUCACAUCUGAAGAGGAUGAAGAAGAUGAAGAAUAUAAACCCAGUGAGGCAUUUGGAAGGUUUUGGAGUGAGGAGCAAGAGAUAGCCAUCUUGAGGGGCGUCAUCAGACUCUCAGUGGAAAGGGGGGUUGACUAUUCUUCCAGUAUGGUAUACUUCUUUAAUUAUAUGAAAAGAUUACUCAAAGGAAAUUUUACUUUACGUCAACUAAAGGAUAAAUUACACAAAAUGAAAAGAAAGUUCAAGGAUAAUCUAAACAAGGACAAGUCCAGUUUUAGUAGGCAUGAGAAGAAGUUGUUUAGGCUUUCCAAAAGAAUAUGGGGAGCUGCUUCAAUUGUUUGUGCUUCUGUUGAAAGCUUCAGCUGUCCAAUUAAGCUAUAUUCCUGUGUUAAUGGCGAAGCAAUGGAUUUGGUUGGAGAAGUAGAUGAGAGAUUGAAGCUUGACGGCGACUUUAUUGCCCUUCAACUUUUUCAAUUGGAGAUUAACAUGAAAAAAGCACAAGUAAUCCAAGGGACAACAAUGUAUAUGAAAAAGGCAAUUAAUAUGUUGCAGUUGGAGCUUAUCGUUAAGAAGACACAAUUCGUCCAAAAGCAUCUCAGUAUGGUGUUAGAUGUUUACAAGUCUUAUAAUAAUUAA